CACACAGAUAGUUUGUCCUGCAUGUGACUGAUGCGAGACCAUCUACAGUAUAUGCAGGUGUCAGAGAAUGUCACUUGAUUGUUACUGUGCUAAUAUUGUGAUUUAAACAGAUCAUUUGCCUUCAUGACUUGUGAGAGUUCUAUGAAAUCAUAAGAUAUAUGACAUCAUGAUAGCAGCAGCAGCACAAAUGUCUCCACCACUAGCAGCAGCAGCAGCAGCAGCAGAAAUGCCUCCUCCAUCAGCAGCAGCACAAAUGCCUCCUCCACCAGCAGCAGCAGCAUCAGCAUCAGCAGAAAUGCCUCCUCCCCUACCAGCAGCAGCAUCAGCAGAAAUGACUCCUCCAUCAGCAGCAGCAGCAGCAGCAGCACAAAUGCCUCCUCCCCUACCAGCAGCGGCAUCAGCAGAAAUGACUCCUCCAGCAGCAGCACAAAUGCCUCCUCCAACACCAGUAGCGCAUCAACCAGCAUCACCUGUUCUCCGACCUCCUGGUCCUCCACCAACUUCCAGCCCUGUUGCUCAACAUUCUAUGUAUGCAUCAGAGUCUCCCCUAGAUUCCGAAUACAUUAGGAUCCAGAGGAGGCUCCUCAGAAGCACAGAGAGAUUCCACAGACGAAGCUUAGAGCUGCAGAGAGACAUGGCAUCAUCGUUAAGAGCAACUGCGGCCCAUCAGUCACAGAUGGUGAGAUGGCUAGUUGAUAUGCAGCUGCUGGUGGAUAACAGAUUCAGAGAACAAAAUCAGCUUUUGGGUGUCUUGGUGGAACACUUUACACACCAGCAAGAUGCAUCAUCAAGCGUAUCAUCUGCCAACAGCACAAGAGCCGAAACACCGGCAUCUGCAGUAACAAGGAGGACCAGUUUUUCCACCACAGGCACCUCAGUUCCCUCAUCCAAAAAGCCCCGUAAAAAAUAAACAAAUUUCUAUUUCACCAUAA